GCUGCGCGGGUCCCCGCCGGGCCCAUGGGAGGCGCAGCCGAGUGGGCGCGCUGAGAGCGGCGCGGGUCCUGCGUGCGCCCCGGAGGCGAGAGUGAGCGAGGUCUGACGCCAUGCCCGGUCACUCUGAACUCUAGGCCACACCAGGCCAUCGGAGCAGCCCCUGCUCACUUCAGGGGACACCCCUCCCCAUUGCCCACUGCCCACCAUGGCAGGGGACCGGCUGCCCAGGAAGGUGAUGGACGCCAAGAAGCUAGCCAGCCUGCUGCGGGGCGGGCCCGGGGGGCCGCUGGUCAUCGACAGCCGCUCCUUUGUGGAGUACAACCGCGGGCACGUGCGCAGCUCCGUGAACAUCUGCUGUUCCAAGCUGGUCAAGCGACGGCUACAGCAGGGCAAGGUGACCAUCUCGGAGCUCAUCCAGCCGGCCGUGCGCAGCCAGGUGGAGGCCGUGGAGCCACAGGACGUGGUUGUCUAUGACCAGAGCACCCGGGAUGCCAGCGUGCUGGCCACAGACAGCUUCCUCUCCAUCCUGCUCAGCAAGCUGGACGGCUGCUUCGACAGUGUGGCCAUCCUCACCGGGGGCUUUGCCACCUUCUCCUCCUGCUUCCCCAGCCUCUGUGAGGGCAAGCCCGCCGCCUUGCUGCCCAUGAGCCUCUCCCAGCCCUGCCUGCCCGUGCCCAGUGUGGGCCUGACCCGCAUCCUGCCUCACCUCUACCUGGGCUCCCAGAAGGAUGUCCUGAACAAGGAUCUAAUGACCCAAAACGGAAUAAGCUAUGUCCUCAAUGCCAGCAACUCCUGCCCCAAGCCAGACUUCAUCUGCGAGAGCCGCUUCAUGCGUAUCCCCAUCAAUGACAAUUACUGUGAAAAGCUGCUGCCCUGGCUGGACAAGUCCAUCGAGUUCAUCGAUAAAGCCAAGCUGUCCAGCUGCCAAGUCAUUGUCCACUGUCUGGCUGGCAUCUCCCGCUCUGCCACCAUCGCCAUCGGCCCCUGCCAUCCAGCCGCCUCUCUUCCCAGGUUCGUGAAGGACCGGCGCCCAUCCAUUUCGCCCAACUUCAACUUCCUCGGCCAACUGCUGGAGUAUGAGCGCAGCCUGAAACUUCUGGCCGCCCUGCAGGGCGACGGGACAUCACACCCAGGGACGCCCGAGCCCCUCCCAGGCCCUGUGGCCCCACUGCCGCCGCUGCCACCACCUACCUCAGAGAGCGCUGCCACCGGGAGUGCAGCCGCCAAAGCAGCCAGGGAGAGCGCUCCGCCGAGUACCAGCAGGGAGCCCCCCUCGCCCGCCGGGGGCCCCGCCACCAGCGCGCUGCAGCAGGGCUUGCGUGGCCUGCACCUCUCCUCAGACCGCCUCCAGGACACCAACCGCCUCAAGCGCUCCUUCUCGCUGGACAUCAAGUCGGCCUACGCCCCCAGCCGGCAGCCCGACGAUCCUGGGGCCCCCGCUCCGGGCGAGGUCCCCAAGCUCUGCAAGUUGGACAGCCCGUCGGCAGGCGCGCUAGGCCUGACCUCGCCCGGCCCUGACAGCCCAGACGGGGCACCCGAAAUGCGCCCGCGGCUCCGCCGGCGGCCCCGGCCUCCGGCGGGCUCCCCAGCGCGCUCCCCCGCGCACGGCCUCGGCCUGAACUUCGGGGAUGCCUCGCGGCAGACUCCACGACACGGCCUCUCGGCCCUGUCGGCUCCCGGGCUGCCGGGCCCUGGCCAGCCGGCUGGUCCUGGGGGCUGGACGCCGCCGCUCGACUCCCCCGGCACGCCGUCGCCGGAUGGGCUCUGGUGCUUCAGCCCCGAGGGCGCACAGGGCUCGUGCUUUGCGCCCUUCGGCCUGGCGAGCUCUCAGGGCGCGGGCGGCAGCGACCUGCGGCGGCGAGAGGCGACUAGGGCCGAGUCCCGGGACGCGCGGACCAGCUGGCCGGACGAGCCCACCCCAGAGACGCAGUUCAAGCGCCGAAGCUGCCAGAUGGAGUUCGAGGAAGGCAUGGUAGAGGGGCGCGCACGUGGCGAGGAGCUGGCCGCCCUGGGCAAGCAGGCCAGCUUCUCGGGCAGCGUGGAGGUCAUCGAGGUGUCCUGACGGCGGCCCGAUCGGCCCUUCCGGGGACCCAGCGCCCCGAGCCCUCUGCUGCCCUCGGCUGGGCCGCCAGCAGCCGGGCCCCUUAUAAAUAUAUAUUAUAUAUAAUGCAAAGAAAGGUAAAUGGUUUUACUGCGAUUUUUAUCGAGAAGUAAAUAUUUCGAUUUUUUAUUUAUUGAAGCUGUUCACUCUGGCUAUGAUUUGGCAGCAGUGAGGGCAGUCCUCCAAGCUCUAUUUUUAGUCUGGUAUUUAAACUGAGACUCGUUUCUAAGCAAUAUGAGGCCACCUUCAGAUGCAAGCUGGGGUGCCAGGCCUGGGGUCCCCUCCCCGCCCACCCCACCCCCAGGAAACACUGCUGACCAGUUACAAAGAGGCUGCCGAGCUUUUGUGCACUUUUUACAUAAGAAAAAGGGGGAAAAAGGAAAAAAAAAAAAACUUUGCCACAAACUGAGCCGCAGAACCUCCCUGCCUACCCUCCCCCCCAACCUCUCCUCACCGUCUUCCUUCCCCUUUCUUGGGCUCUGCACCAAAGCCAUAGGAGCUGUGGCCCAGGAGUCCUUCCCUGCCCCCUGCCCGCUCCGGGGCGCCAUGGAGGGCCCCCCACCGCCCAGCCCUGCAGGCCUGGGCCUGCUGGGACCCGAGUGCUCGGAGGAGCAGAACAGGGUAGGACUUGGUGAAGGGGCUCAGGAGUGUCAGUGUCAGAUGAUGGGAGUCCCAGGGCAGGGAUGGAAGUGGGACGCCCCCCACUCCUGCCUGAGCCUGGGGCCAUUUUCACAGGCUCAGCAAGGCUGUUCAGAGGAGGCUGCUUCCCUCUCCUCUGCUUUGCCGUGCCCCUGAGCACCACCUGCCGGGUGGGGGGAACACAGGUGGAGAAGCUGGGCCUCAGGGUGUCUGGCAGGAGGGGCCGGGCUGGUCAGUGCUGGCUCCACUGGUCAGAGGGCAGAUGGGUUUAGGGUCUUGCUCUAGGCUCUUCCCUCACCAGCCCCGGGCCCCAGGCCAGACUUGGAAUUCAGGUGUAUUCCUGCAGGUUGAGGGGCCUUGCAGAGGGAGGCAGACCGUCAUGCUUCCCGGGGUGGGGUCCUUAGCUUUGGGAGAGCCAGCUCCAGGCAGAUAAAGACCCCUGACGUGAGCAGACGGGUGUCCUCCAUGUUUGCCCCACCCCCACAGGAGCCUCCGGGGAGAGAAACCCCCUGCACACAACCCCUUUCCCUGGGAGCUCUCCCCUCGGAAGUCUCCCAGUAUCUUCAAGGUGACAUGCCAGUCCCCACGCCCAGGUGGCUUUUUGGCCCAAGUAAGCCAGCCUGGAGCAAAGGCCCAGCCCCUCCCAGCCCCACGCCCACUUGGGUUAUUGGGACCCAAGGCUUUUGGAGGGAGUAGACAUCCCCGACCUUCACAUGUCCUAGGGCCUAGGAGAGAAGGCCACCCGCCUUGGGAAGAGGCCAGGGGCUUGGCCAGAGCUGUGGCCUGGGCAGGACUGGUUCCUGGAGCAGGGUGGGGCAGGCGCCUCCCCCCACAGCUGCCCCUUCUGGCUGUUUGUUUGUUCUUUGGACCCAUAGCCCUGUGUCCCCGUCGUGCCUCCUUUAAGCAGAAGUCCUAUUCCUGUUCCCUCUGUCCUCACCCCGUUCCCCAAGAAAUAAGCUAUCAUUGUUGUAUUUGCAAUCUAUGGAUUAGAGGUUUAAGUAUUUAUUAUUAUUGGUUAAUUAUUAUUAUUGAUUAUGUAAAUUUGCCUCCUGUUUGUCUAUCGCGCGUUGGGUUUCUGGGUGACCCUGGGUGUGGAGGAUGCACUGGUCCCCCCCUCCACACCUCCACCCGCUAUGCUGUCCAGGAGACAGUGGUCUGGGGCCACUGGUUGGGCCCCAGAAGUCUGGCGGCAAGUCCCACGGCCCGUCCUCCCCUCCCUCACCCUUUCUCUAAGGCUGGCGCAGCUCACGGCCUCUGUUCUGGGGGGAGGUGUGGGGGUUCUUGCUCUUGAAGCGUUGAUCACCCCAAAGUGAGCAGCUGCUACUCAGGAGAAGGCCCCCCUUCUAUGCUGGGGGGGCAGGCACCAGGCAUGGGGCCCCUCCCUGGUCAUUUCCACCCACUGCCCUGGGCCGGACAGGGCGGGGCCUCAGUCCCCCCACCCAGUCCCCAUGGGCCCUGCACCCUCCUGCCCCGCCCAGUGCCCUGGCAUUGGGUGGCCCCAGAGUGGCCCCAGCCCCUCCUAUUAUUUGCUGGAAAGUCCAGUGUAGAGGUGGCAGGUCCCCCUGUAGGGCUCCCAGAUUGGGCCGCCCGGUGGCCCCUGCCUCAGACCCCUCCCCCCAGCGCGGCCACACUUUCUGCUCCUGUCCUGUCCCCUUUUGUAUUUGGAAAAAACGUGUUGUAAUAAAUCCUGAGAUGGAUGUUUUC